GGUGUAUUCUCCUGAAGAAGAUUAAAUCAGGGAAUCUUAAAUCACAGUUAUCUCUUCACCCCAAGCUGGAGUGAGCCUCUAAGUAAUCCCAGAAUGGCUUCAACAGAUGAACAAGAUGGACUUAAGGUUGUGAAGGUGGAGAAAGACCCUAUAUGGGACCAAGAAACUCACCUUCGAGUGAACAACUUUUCUGGCCAGGAGGCCUCCCAACAACUUUUUAGGCAGUUUUGUUACCAAGAGACUUCUGGUCCCCGAGAAGCUCUGAGCCGGCUUUGGGAACUUUGUCAUCAGUGGCUGAGGCCAGAGACACAUACCAAAGAGCAAAUUCUGGAGUUGCUGGUGCUAGAGCAGUUCCUGACCACCCUACCUGAGGAGCUCCAGGCCUGGGUACGGGAGCACCAGGAAGAGGCUGUGGCUGUGGUUGAAGGUCUGGAGCAAGAGCUUAGUGAGCCAGGGAACCAGGCCCCAGAUCACAAACAUGGACAUUCUGAAAUGCUCUCAGAGGAUGUGGUACAUCUGAAGGCCAAACAGAAAUCAAUGGUCAUCCAGCUUCUGUCCAUGGUGACACAGCUCAAAUAUGAAUGUUUUGGUCUCCACCAAUUUCAAGAACAAGGUGGUAAAACUGUACCUGAAAACCUGGAGUUGGCAUUGAAGCAAGAAGUCUUAAAAGAAAUGGAACAUUUUGAGGAUAGCAGACUCCAAAGAGAUGCUCCUCUGGAUUCUAGGUACAAAGAAACUUGUAAACGUGAAAGCAGGGCAGAAAAGCAGCAGGGACACACCACUGAAGAGAGACAUCACAGGUGCAAUGAAUGUGGGAAAAGCUUCACUCAGAGUUCAGUCCUCAUUCAGCACCAGAGAAUCCAUACUGGGGAGAAGCCAUACAAAUGUGAAAAAUGUGGGAAGGCCUUCAGCCAGAGGUCAGGCCUGAAUGAACAUCAGCGGAGCCACACUGGAGAGAAGCCCUGUCAAUGUAAGGAGUGUGGGAAAGCCUUCAGUGCCAGCAAUGGCCUCAUUAGACACAGAAGAAUUCAUACAGGAGAAAAACCAUAUGAAUGUGAGGCAUGUGGGAAGGCUUUCCGCCUCAGCUCAUACCUUGUUCAGCAUCAGAGGAUACACACUGGAGAGAAGCAUUAUCAGUGUAAUGAGUGUAGUAAAGCCUUCAGUCAGAAUGCAGGGCUUUUCCAGCAUCUUCGUAUCCACACUGGUGAGAAACCCUAUCAACGCAGUCAGUGUAGUAAAAGCUUUAGUAGGUGGACACUCCUUAUGAAACAUCAGAGAAGCCACACUGGAGAGAGACCAUAUGGGUGUGACAAGUGUGGGAAAGCCUUCAGUCAUCAUUGCAACCUUAUUAGGCAUUUUAGAAUCCAUACUAUUACAUAAUUGGACUAAGUCUAUGGACCCUCAGGCCCUUAAGUGGGGCCAUUUUGGAAAUCAAAAUCUCAAUCAGAAUUUCAAAAGAGGAAAUAAAAGUUCAGCUUAAAAGUAUAUUGCUCUAAA